AUGGCUUUUCAAUUGGACGAUCUCCUACGAGACGACAAAAGGGAUGGAAAUUUAAUUCCAGACUUGAGUAAGGCAACAUGUAAUUCACAAGAAGAAUUCCGACGUCUUCGUGAACGUUGUCCUGAGUAUAAAAUAAAACCAGAAAAGGUAAAGCGUGAAGAUAUAAAGGUACGGGAUAAAGAUUUCUCAUGGAAAACAACAAAGAAGGAAUUGAAAUCUAUUGAGCGAGAAUGGGGAUAUGGUGAUCCAAUACCGCCGGAUAUGAAAAGUCUCAAUCUUCAAGAGCUUCAGCAAGUCGCUAUUGAUUGGAGAAUGUUGACACCUUUGAGACCAAAGCUUAGACAAGAUGAAGAAAUGUUCUCACGAUUGGUGGAGAUGGGUAAAAUGGAAAUCAAAACAUUAGCAAGAGAGCGACGCAGAAUGUCGAUAAGUCCUAUAAGAAGAAGUAAAACUCGUGUGGGUAUUAUUGAAAGCAGUGUAAAAAUAUGUGGUGAAUGCGGAGAAGAAUUUUGUUUCGGCGAAUCUUGCGGUGAUAUAUUAUAUGAUUCAUUUAUACGAGUUAUCGUCAUUCCGACACAAAAUAAAGUCAAAGUAUCGGAGGAUACUGCGGCGAUUAUUGCGAAUAUGAACAAUGGUAAAGGUAAGAAGAAAAAGAAGAAAAGUGUCAGGGGUAAAGUUUCUGUCCAAGUUAAAAGAGGUUCUAAAUUAAUGGGCAGGAGGAAAAUUAAAAAAAAUAAAAGUAACGAGACAAAGUCAAGUACUAAAAUUAAAAAUGAUGACACAAGUGACGUUAAAAUUAAAAAAUUUAAAAGAAAGUGUAGUAAAUAUACAAAAAAAGGUGGAUUGUCACCAAAAUAA